CAGAGAAAACUUCCAAUCUCCUUAAACCCUACAAAAGCCUCCGCCCAAAAAUCCUCUCCCUCUCAAUGCUCUCCCAAUUCUUCCAAAUCAAGAAACCCCAUCGAAUCUAGGGUUUAUAUAUUCUCCUCUAAAACCCUAGACCCCUUCUCAACUCUCCGAUUUGUUAGCGGAAACCAUGGCUAGGGUUCGAGCGCCGGCGCAUAGCCGACCGCCGUGGCCGGCGGCCAUGGCGGGGGAUUACGCUUACGCCGACAGCCCCUUUCGCUUCCCGCAUUCUCGUCUUCUCGUCUCCUUCGCCUGCUGCUGUGCCGCCUCCUUCUCAGGCUCCUCACAGCGCCGCCUGCUGAUAGUAAACCUUCGCCGGCGCGGAGGAACUAGGGUUAGGAAUGAUAACCCUAGGACCACUGCGGCGGGGUUGCAUCCGGAGCCGCUGAUUAAGGGAGCGGAGGCGUUGAGGGAGAUCAAUAGCUCGCCGCAGGCCAAGAAGGUUUUUGAGUGGAUGAAGGAGCAGGAAAAGACGAGGCAGGCAGAAACCGCUGCGAAGAAAGCGGAGUACCGGGCGAUUCAAGCUCAGCAUGAGACAGAUAGACAACGCGUUAUCUAUGAGGAGCAGAAAAAAUUGGUUCAGCAACAAGCACAAACUAAGGCCCAAAUGGCUCGAUAUGAGGAUGAAAUGCAGAGGAAGAGAAUGCAGGCAGAGCAUGAAUAUCAAAGGGCCAGAAAUCAGGAACUUGUGAAAAUGCAAGAAGAAUCUUCCAUUAGACAGGAACAAAUUAGACGUAAAACUGAAGAACAGAUUCAGGCACAGAAACGUCAAACUGAGAGGGAAAAGGCAGAGAUAGAACGUGAAACAAUCCGUGUAAAGUCUAUGGCCAAAGCAGAAGCAAGAGCACAUGAAGCAAAACUUUCUGAAGAUGUCAAUAGGCGGAUGCUGGUAGAACGAGCUAAUGCUGAAAGGGAAAAAUGGAUCUCAGCCAUAAACACAACGUUUGAGCAUAUUGGAGGUGGUCUGCGAGCUGUGCUGACUGAUCAGAAUAAGUUGGUAGUAGCUGUUGGUGGUGUUACUGCAGUAGCUGCUGGGAUUUACACAACAAGAGAGGGUGCUCGGGUUGUUUGGGGGUACAUUGACCGGAUAUUAGGCCAGCCAUCCCUGAUCAGAGAGUCGUCCAUUGGAAAAUACCCUUGGUCGGGUCUUUUCUCACGUCGUGCAAUAUCAAUGUUAUCAAAAAAUAAAACAAUUAGUGAAAAGGGCAAUGCAAGAGAGAAUAGAAAUGGUUUUGGUGAUGUGGUCCUUAACCCUUCACUUCAGAAGAGAAUCAAACAGCUUGCCAGUGCGACUGCUAAUACUAAAGCCCAUCAGGCACCAUUUCGUAACAUGCUCUUCUAUGGCCCUCCUGGGACCGGCAAAACUAUGGCUGCUAGAGAACUUGCUAAUAAAUCUGGCCUAGAUUAUGCACUGAUGACAGGUGGAGAUGUCGCGCCACUGGGAUCACAGGCAGUUACAAAAAUACAUCAACUGUUUGACUGGGCUAAAAAAUCAAAUCGAGGUUUGCUGCUCUUUAUUGAUGAAGCAGAUGCAUUUUUGUGCGAGCGUAACAAGACAUACAUGAGUGAAGCCCAACGAAGUGCUCUCAAUGCUCUCCUUUUCCGAACUGGUGACCAAUCCAAGGAUAUAGUUCUUGCCCUCGCUACCAAUCGGCCUGGUGACCUAGACUCAGCUGUUGCAGAUCGUAUUGACGAGGCACUUGAAUUUCCCUAUCUUGACAAAUACAUUGCAAAGGCUGGAGAAAAUAAAUCUGGUGGUUGGUUAAGAAACUUGUUCAGACGUCAGCAACAAAGAAUAGAGAUAAAAAACAUUUCUGAUGAUUUAAUCAGAGAGGCUGCAGCUAAGACCAAUGGGUUUUCUGGCAGAGAGAUAGCCAAGCUAAUGGCCAGCGUUCAAGCUGCUGUCUACGGUAGCAAAGAGUGUGAACUUAACCCAGAUUUGUUUCGUGAGGUGGUGGAUUAUAAAGUUGCAGAGCAUCAGCAGAGGAGAAAGCUUGCUGCUGCAGAGGGAAGUGCUUGAUUAUUAGUUUACAGUCUCAGACAUCAAGUUAAUAAUCGUUACAGAGAAGCAGGCAAGUACCUGUCGUCAUUUAAGUUAUCAUCCGCCAUUGAUUAAUGUUUUCUUUGGGCCGCUUUGCGGGAUUUUGGUGAAAAAGGUAUUAUCAGUGUACCAUUUGGUUCAGUAAUCUACGCUCUUCUCCGUGGGCUAAUUUAAUCAGGCCACAGUAACCAAUGCGCUAAUCUCGCACUUUUGUAUUGUUUAUUACCAAAAUGACGAUGAUGGGUUUUGUUGAUCGCACAUUUGAAUUUUUGAAUUUGAACUGGACGGAGAAUACAGUGAUUGAGUUUAAUGGCUACCUGGAAAGUUUUGCUCGUGUUA